GAGUCUGCGCGCUCCUCCUCCGCCUCCUCCGGCGGGUCCCUGGCGCGCCGGGGCCGGGGCCCGGCUGGGGCGGCUGCGCGCACGGCGCCUCUCCACCAACCCGCUCCCCUGCAGGUCCCUCGCUUGGUCUCCAUCCCUCUCCGGCGCUCCCUCGCUCCCCCCCGCCCUUUGAUUGACAGGCAAGAUGUCGGUGUGGAGCGAGGCAGGAGCGAUUGCAGCAACCGUCACCCCCGGAGCCCGGCGGCGGCAGCAGCAGCAGCAGCAGCAGCAGCGCGGGGAGGAGACAGCAGCCAGCCGCAGUAGCCGCCGCAGCCGCGGGAGCAAUGCAGACAGCACCUUGAGAACGCGCUAAAGCACUCCAAACCGUGGACCAUGCCGUGUCCCUGCAACUGGGAGGGGGGAAAACCAGAUUUUUUUUGACAUAAAAGCAAGCCAGCCAAAAAUAUAUAAUUUUGUCCUUCAAGGAGCCGGUGUGUAAAGAGUGAGCGCUAUUUUCCUUCUCCUCCUGCUCCUCUCCCUCCUCCUCCUCUCCCUCCUCCUCUCUCUCCUCCUUCUCCUCUUCUUUUUCCUCCUCCUCCUCCUCCCUAAGUGUACAGACAGCAUCACAUCACCUGGUUUGCUUCUGAGAAACAGCAUCUCUCCUUUUCAGGGACCAGAGACUCAGAGAGAGAGGAGACAUUCUAAUGGAGUCCGCUUGAUAUCCCAAAAUAAAAUAAUAAAUUUUGGCUCUUGUCCCCUCCUCCCACUCCCACCCCCUCAACCCUGUGUGAGAUGUUGGAUUUCUUCUUCAUGAGACAUUGUUGAGAAGUCGCAGUGGUUGGAGAGGCGGAGGGUAGACUACCUCUACUCCCCCCCCCUUUUUUCUCUCUGGGAGGAGGAGGAGGGGAAGGGGGUUGCAGAGCAAGCGAUGGAUGAGGAAAACAUGACGAAAAGCGAGGAGCAGCAGCCUCUGAGUUUGCAAAAAGCCUUACAGCAGUGCGAACUGGUCCAAAACAUGAUAGACUUGAGCAUCUCCAACCUGGAAGGGCUUAGGACCAAAUGUGCUACCUCCAACGACCUCACACAAAAAGAAAUCCGGACCCUGGAGAGCAAGCUGGUGAAGUACUUCAGCCGGCAGCUGUCCUGCAAAAAGAAGGUAGCCUUGCAGGAGCGCAACGCGGAGCUGGACGGCUUCCCCCAGCUACGGCACUGGUUCCGAAUCGUCGAUGUGCGCAAGGAGGUCCUGGAGGAAAUCUCCCCCGGCCAGCUGAGCCUGGAGGACCUCUUGGAGAUGACGGAUGAACAGGUGUGCGAGACUGUGGAGAAAUACGGAGCCAACCGGGAGGAGUGUGCCCGCCUCAACGCCUCCCUCUCCUGCCUCAGGAAUGUCCACAUGUCAGGAGGCAACCUUUCCAAACAAGACUGGACCAUCCAGUGGCCCACCACAGAGACGGGGAAGGAGAACAAUCCCGUGUGCCCCCCGGAGCCCACCCCGUGGAUCCGCACCCAUCUCUCCCAGAGCCCCAGGGUCCCGUCCAAGUGCGUCCAGCACUAUUGUCACACCAGCCCCACUCCCGGGGCCCCUGUGUACACCCACGUGGACAGGCUUACCGUGGACGCCUACCCGGGCUUGUGCCCGCCCCCGCCACUGGAGUCGGGCCACCGUUCCCUGCCCCCAUCGCCCCGGCAGCGGCACGCGGUCCGCACCCCGCCGCGCACCCCCAACAUCGUCACCACCGUGACCCCGCCGGGCACGCCGCCCAUGAGGAAGAAGAACAAGCUGAAGCCCCCGGGGACCCCACCGCCCUCCUCCCGAAAACUGAUACACUUGAUCCCGGGAUUCACCGCGCUGCAUCGGAGCAAAUCCCACGAGUUCCAGCUGGGGCACCGCGUGGACGAGGCCCACACGCCCAAAGCCAAGAAGAAGAGCAAACCCUUGAACCUCAAGAUCCACAGCAGCGUAGGCAGCUGCGAGAACAUCCCCUCUCAGCAGCGCUCCCCGCUGCUGUCCGAGCGCUCCCUCCGCUCCUUCUUUGUGGGACACGCACCUUUCCUGCCUUCCACCCCUCCUGUUCACACUGAGGCCAACUUCUCUGCAAACACACUGUCAGUGCCACGCUGGUCCCCGCAGAUCCCUCGCAGAGAUCUCGGCAACUCCAUCAAGCACAGGUUUUCCACCAAGUACUGGAUGUCUCAGACGUGCACAGUCUGUGGGAAAGGGAUGCUUUUUGGCCUCAAGUGUAAAAACUGCAAGUUAAAGUGCCACAACAAAUGCACCAAAGAAGCCCCGCCCUGUCAUCUUCUGAUCAUCCACCGAGGAGAUCCAGCAAGGUUAGUCCGGACAGAGUCCGUUCCGUGUGACAUCAACAACCCUCUACGGAAGCCACCUCGCUAUUCAGACCUGCACAUCAGUCAGACGCUCCCCAAAACCAACAAAAUCAACAAGGACCACAUCCCUGUCCCUUACCAGCCAGACUCCAGCAGCAACCCCUCCUCCACGACGUCCUCCACGCCCUCCUCGCCAGCACCCCCCCUCCCUCCUAGUGCCACGCCGCCUUCUCCCCUACACCCUUCCCCACAGUGCACACGGCAGCAGAAGAACUUCAACCUGCCAGCAUCCCACUACUACAAAUACAAGCAGCAGUUCAUCUUCCCAGAUGUGGUGCCAGUGCCGGAGACGCCGACCCGGGCGCCCCAGGUCAUCCUGCAUCCGGUGACCUCGAAUCCAAUCUUGGAAGGAAAUCCAUUACUUCAAAUUGAAGUGGAGCCAACAUCGGAGAAUGAAGAGGUCCAUGAUGAGGCCGAGGAGUCAGAGGAUGACUUCGAGGAGAUGAACCUGUCCCUCCUCUCGGCCCGGAGCUUCCCACGCAAGGCCAGCCAGACCAGCAUCUUCCUUCAGGAGUGGGACAUCCCCUUUGAGCAGCUGGAGAUCGGCGAGCUCAUUGGAAAGGGCCGCUUUGGGCAAGUGUACCACGGCCGCUGGCAUGGCGAGGUGGCCAUCCGGCUGAUUGACAUUGAGAGGGACAACGAGGACCAGCUCAAGGCCUUCAAGCGGGAGGUGAUGGCCUACAGGCAGACACGGCAUGAGAACGUGGUGCUUUUCAUGGGUGCCUGCAUGAGCCCGCCUCACCUGGCCAUCAUCACCAGCCUCUGUAAGGGACGGACGCUCUAUUCCGUCGUGAGGGAUGCCAAAAUCGUUUUGGAUGUCAACAAAACCAGGCAGAUUGCUCAAGAAAUUGUGAAGGGCAUGGGCUACCUCCACGCCAAGGGAAUCCUACACAAGGACCUCAAGUCAAAGAAUGUCUUCUAUGACAAUGGCAAAGUGGUCAUCACGGACUUUGGACUCUUCAGCAUUUCUGGGGUGCUGCAGGCUGGCAGGCGGGAGGACAAACUGCGCAUCCAGAAUGGCUGGCUAUGCCACCUGGCACCAGAGAUCAUCCGCCAGCUGUCCCCCGACACAGAGGAGGAUAAGCUCCCCUUCUCCAAGCACUCUGACGUCUUUGCCCUUGGCACAAUCUGGUAUGAACUCCACGCCAGGGAAUGGCCUUUCAAGACCCAACCAGCAGAGGCAAUAAUCUGGCAAAUGGGCACAGGCAUGAAACCCAACCUCAGCCAGAUUGGCAUGGGAAAAGAAAUCUCGGACAUUCUUCUCUUCUGCUGGGCCUUUGAACAAGAAGAGAGACCUACCUUCACCAAGCUCAUGGACAUGCUGGAGAAACUGCCAAAGCGAAACCGUCGCCUGUCUCACCCUGGACAUUUCUGGAAGUCUGCAGAGCUGUGACCUUUGGACAUCGGGACGGCGCCCAGCUGCCUGGGCUCCCGUCACCUCUCCCUCCCUACUCUGUCCUCUGCCGCUCAGGAGGCCAGAGACUCAGCAUCAGAGGGUACCAACCCCGACCGACCUGGGAGCACUGGACAACUGCUCGGCAGCCUCCCUGCACCUCAGACUUGAGCCCUUUUCCUCGGGCAGGGUUGGGGACCCCCGAGCUAGGACUGAACCGGACCAGCCAGGGUGAUGCGUUAUUGAUCAGUGCGGCCCAGGGGACAGCACUAAUGAGAGCACUGCAGGCUGCACGUGGUGCCUUUGGGCUAUGGGACUAGGACAGGAGACCCCACGUGGGGGGGCUCACAGACGGGGCUAUGUGUGUGUGUGUCUGUGUGUUUGACAUUGUUCACCCUUGUUUCCCCUUGACAAGCAAGAGCCAGACUGUCCCAAUGAUGGGGCACUCCCCAGUUCUGUC